AUGUCUGAUUACCAUGCUCAACGUUUAUCGCUCGAUGGUCAAACUUGUGUGGAACCAUCGUGCACCUCACCAGCUAGGCAUCGAUGUAAACAUUGCCAAAAAGCUUACUGUGAUAUGUGUGUUCGAGUACACAAACGAUAUGUUUUACAAGAGAUGAAUGACAUCGCUAAACAAAUGGAACUCAAUCGACAACAGAGUCAAAAUGAAGUUCGUUCAUUUAUUGAACGGCAACGUGCUGAUGCACGUGCCAAAGCGGAAGCUAUGCAACGUGAUAUUAUCAGACGCAUCAAUGAAGCUAAUCAAAAUGUUUUACAAUACAUGGAUGAUCGUGCUCAAAUGAAAUUGUCGCGUUUAGCUGACGCAUUGAAUACAUUCGAUAACGAUGCGUUAGAAUUAAAAGGGUCCUUAUCAGCUGAACAGUUUCUUUCAGCUAAACGAAUCAUCGAAUUACGAACAAAGUACGCAUCAAAUAUGUUCGACGACAGACAGGCAAAUGAUGAGCAUGAACGUGAUACAGAUUCGAAUAUAUCAACGAUCAAUGAUCAACCUGACUGGGAGAAGGGUUUCUUUGGCAACGGUGAAAGAUAUCGAAUGUACGAAGAAUUAGUCAAUCUUCGUGCUAAAUGGCCGUUCCUGGCACCCGCUUUGACAUCGAUCUAUUAUGCAGCGGAAAAAGAUUUCUCUUUGGAUGAUAUUCGAACGUUUCUUGAAUAUCGUCAUGACAAGGUUUUGAAUUUACUUACAGAACAUUGUAAAACACUCGGCAAAGGACCAGCUCAAGUAUUAGUUGAAGAUCUUUCGUUCUAUCGAUACAAAUCAGCUAUGCCAAUAAAUCAUAUUCACGAUGCGAACUUUGAUCGUUGUUUGCAUGAUACAUUAAGCACGGAUGAACAUAGUCAUUAUCGUCAAGAUUUAGCGAAUACAAUGAGUGAAUCAAUGCGAUUGUAA